UCAGACAUCAACUGUUCCACAGAGAUAACGGACAAACAUCCAGCGAGCUCGCGAGCAAAGGGAAGUAACGCAGUACUUGUUUGACCAAAAGCUUCACUAGGCCUAAAAUAGUAAUGAGUUAGAUACUCCGACAAAAUUAUACCCACCUUGUUUGCGACAGAAAGGCAUUGCCACAGUGAAAAUGGACCAGGAGAUUGAAGACAUGGACUCAGACGGCCGGUGGCAGAAACUGUACCUAGAAAUUAGAAAUCAGUCCCACGAAUGUUCCUACAAAGUGGCAAAGUAUCCAGAGAAUCGCAACCGCAAUAGAUACAGAGACGUCAGUCCUUUUGAUCACAGUCGUGUGAAGUUGGAAAACACAGAAAAUGACUACAUUAACGCAAGUCUGGUGGUGAUGGAGGAUGCCCAAAGAAGUUACAUCUUGACUCAGGGACCCCUCAGGAAUACCUGUGGUCACUUUUGGCUCAUGAUCUGGGAACAGAAAACCAAGGCUGUGAUCAUGCUCAACAGGGUCAUAGAGAAGGGCUCGGAAAAGUGUGCGCAGUACUGGCCUUCAGCAGAGGAGAGAGAGAUGGCCUUCAAAGACACACGCUUCCUAGUCACACUGUUGUCAGAAGACACCAAGUCCUAUUACACCACCAGAGUUUUGGAGCUUCAGAAUAUUAAUACAGGGGAGAAGCGAGAGAUCUACCAUUUUCAUUACACCACGUGGCCUGACUUUGGAGUCCCAGAUUCCCCAGCGUCCUUUCUGAACUUCCUCUUCAAGGUGCGGGAGUCGGGUGCAUUGGGGGUCGACCAUGGGCCAGCUGUGGUACACUGCAGUGCAGGAAUUGGCCGCUCAGGGACAUUUUCACUAGUUGACAUUUGUCUUGUUCUGAUGGACAAAAGGAAAGACCCGUCAUCAGUGGACAUCAAAAGCAUCCUGUUGGACAUGAGGAAGUACCGCAUGGGCCUGAUCCAGACCCCAGACCAGCUGCGCUUCUCCUAUAUGUCGGUCCUGGAAGGAGCCAAGUACAUCCUGGGAGACUCCUCUGUACCGAUCCGGUGGCGUGAACAGUCCAGGGAGGACCAGGAGCCCAAAACAGACUCUCCUCCAUCGACUCAACCUCAGGCCAGGUGUCCAGCAGAGCGAUACAAUGGCACUCAAAGAACAGGACAGCUGGAGGAGGGAGGAGACUACAGGCAGGAUGGCAAAGUACCAACACAGUUGCCCUGCAAAGAGCAGGAGCAGGACGGCAGCACAACACAGUCAGUAUACAGCAAACGACGCAGAGAAGACAGUAUCUCUAAAUCAGGCACAGCCAAGACGCCUCAAAGCAAGCCCAGGACAAACGACUCGGAGAGGAGGAGAAAAAGGGCAAAAACCAACGACUGCUAACCACCUGCACCGCCUACGACUGCAGCUCCCGGCAGCGAAGCCUACGUCAGCAGGGAACUCCAGCCAACACCCGACUCUCAACACAUCGAACCACUUCUGUUCCUCAUCAAUGUUUUGGUCUUAUUUGCUUCAUUUUGUUUGUUUUAAUCACAGCUCAGUAGCAUUAUGGGGUUCUACAUCCUUCUGCUCUUCAGCCUCUCCAUUGUUCACUGCAGUCACUUCAUAGACAUUCUUCAAUAAGGGGCACAUUUCACAAGACGAAACACCAGCGUUUUACUCCAGGAGACCCCCACCCCCAAAACCACA